GGCUGAUUCGACACCUCAUUCAUUUAACGGCAUCGCAAAAGUUGUCUUUUGAUCACCGGGUUCUAUCUGUGCACGUUUUUUCUUGUAACUAAAGGUCCCAAUUCAAAUAAUCGACAAAACUAAAGAAUUUAUCAACUGUUAAAGCCAAUGACCUAAAUUUUCUGUAAAAUUGUCCAUGGUAUUUAAAGUUUGAUGCCACCCGCAAACAAAAAAAAAAGAAGCAGAAGAGGAAGCACUGAUAUUAAAAAAAAAAAGCCUAAUUGGCAGUGAGAAAAAGCAGAAGAAGAAGCAGAAGUAAAAGAGAAAGAAGACGAAGAAGAAAAAGAAGAAGAGGAAGAAGCGUUGUUUGCUAAGAAAAUCUGACUAAACAGGUUCAGCGGGAAAGAGAAAAUGGAUGCAUGUAUCAGCGUCCCGAACAAGCCCGACAAAACAACCAAAGUGACUCUGGUUGAAAGAAGCAUCACUCCUGGUGGACUGGAACUUGUAAACUCUUAUCAGACCACUAGAGUGGAGGACCCUAUGGAUCUUGUUGCGUUGGCACUACAACUGCAGAAGGGAGACGAUUUUAUUAAAGCCAAUGCUUGCAACAAACUGUCGGUAAUUGCUGACCAGAUGAGAUAUCUACAAGAACAAGCAAAAAAGGUCUUAGAAGAAGCAAAUAGAGAUGCUGACCUCCACCAUGCUGCAUGUAAUAUUGUGAAAAAAGCAGGCAACAUGUACUACCUCUACCAGCGGCCAUCUGGACAAAAAUACUUUUCCAUCAUUUCUCCCAAGGAAUGGGGCCCAAGUUGUCCUCAUUUGUUUGUUGGUGCAUUUAAACUUCAACACGACAUGUCCUGGACUCCUGAGGAUGAUGUGCAUGAAAAGGAUAAAGAGAUUGCUAUCAUGGGCAAGCUCCUCAGCCAACAGAUGACUUUACCAUCUGGGAUGGAACCCAUUUUCAAGGGCCUCUCUAAUUAAAGUGGCAUAGCUGAAUAAACUUGAAUAAUCAUUCAAAAAUGAAAUUAGUUUGUGAUUGUUAUACACUGACUGAUCAGAAACAUGAAGCAACAACCAAACAAGAGGGGUCAUUACAAAUAUUUAAUGACAUUUUCACCAUAUAAUUGUUUCAGAAACAUCUUUGCUGGGUUUGGGAUGCUUGUCAUUAGAUUUAAAAAUACUCUGUAUAUUCAUGUAUAAGCCACAUACAGUGUGUGAUUUGUGUGCCCAGAAUAUAAAAUGACUAUUCAUCAAACUUACAUUAUAUGAAAGUGGAAUCAGUUUCAUCAAAAAAAGUUGAUUUCAUGGACAUUUUGGC